AUGUCUGCACAGCCUCGUUACGUCUCGCAGCUGAAGGGCCAAAAGGCGGUCAUCAUCGGCGGAUCCUCAGGUCUAGGCUUCGCAGUGGCUUCUGCUCUCAUCGAAGAGGGAGCGAGCGUAGUCAUUUCUAGCAGCAAUCGAUCCAAAUUAGACGAUGCCGUCAAGCGUCUCAACGAUCCCAAGCUGCAGUACAAUGCGGACUCUAGCAGGGUCUCUGCAAAAUUGUGCAACCUUCAAGGAGAGGGUAUGGAGGUGAGUGAUGGAUAGCAGUGCUGUGCAAUUAACUGUGAUGCCGCUCCGUUCCGAAGUGGAAUUUGCUCACGCCAAGCGCUUCCUACUCGUGCAGGAGUCGCUCGCCAGUCUGUUCUCUUCCGUGGGUGGAUUUGACCACCUAAUCCACACUGCUGGAGAUCCACUGGCCAUAUCACCGCUCGAGCAAGCAAGCUACCACCAGAUCCUCAAGGCGGGCGAAGUGCGUUUCUUCAGUGCCAUCCUGGCCGCCAAGACUGCUCAGCCGCAUCUUCGCAAAAGCGGCUCCAUCACCCUCACCACCGGUUCCAUCUCCGUCAGCCCUCGACCCGAUUGGGCCAUCAUCAGUGGAUUUGCGGGUGGUCUGAUAAGCCUGGGCAGACAACUGGCCUACGAUCUUUCCAAGUACGAUUUGAGAGUCAAUGUGGUCAGCCCAGGAGGAGUGGAGACGGAAUUGUGGAACGGCAUGCCCCAAGACAAGAGGCAAAAGACUUUUGAGGCCAUGAGUCAAAGGGCUUUGACGGGCAAGAUCGCUCAGCCCCACGAGGUCGCUCAGACUUACAUUGGCCUGCUCAAGGACACCAACAUCACCGCUCAGACGAUUUACACUGACUCUGGCGCUCUGUAUGGUCCUCGCCCGUGA